AUGGAAGGUUUAAACCAAGAUGAUCAGAAAAUAAGUUACAAUAUUAAAUCUGAAGUUAUUGCUAAACAGCAACAAGAAGCUCGUGAAUUAUUAGUUAAAAACCAUGAUAUUUUCGCUAUAGAUAUAUUGGAAGAAGAUCAGACUAUGGGAUUAG